CGCGGCGGCGGCGGCGGCGGCGGCGGCGGCGGCAGCGGCAGCAGGGACGAUGCUGGAGACCCUGCGCGAGCGGCUGCUGAGCGUGCAGCAGGAUUUCACCUCCGGGCUGAAGACUUUAAGUGACAAGUCAAGAGAAGUUAAAGUGAAAAACAAACCAAGAACUGUUCCAUAUUUGCCAAAGUACUCUGCUGGACUAGAAUUACUUAGCAGGUAUGAAGACACCUGGGCAGCCCUCCACCGAAGAGCCAAGGAGUGUGCACGUGCUGGAGAGCUGGUGGACAGCGAAGUGGUUAUGCUUUCUGCUCACUGGGAGAAGAAGCAGACCAGCCUGCUCGAGCUGCAGCAGCAGCUGCAGCAGCUUCCAGGCUUAAUCGCAGAUUUAGAAUCCAUGACAGCAAACCUGACUCAUUUAGAGGCUAGUUUUGAGGAGGUAGAAAACCACCUGCUGAAUCUGGAGGAUUUGUGUGGACAGUGUGAAUUAGAAAGAUACAAACACAUGCAGUCCCAACAACUGGAAAAUUACAAGAAAAAUAAGAGGAAGGAACUUGAAACCUUCAAAGCUGAGCUCGAUGUAGAGCACACCCAGAAGGUCCUGGAAAUGGAGCAAGCCCAGCAGAUGAAGCUGAAGGAGCGGCAGAAGUUCUUUGAGGAAGCCUUCCAGCAGGACAUGGAGCAGUACCUCUCCACGGGCUACCUGCAGAUCGCCGAGAGGCGAGAGCCCAUGGGCAGCAUGUCGUCCAUGGAGGUGAACGUGGACAUGCUGGAGCAGAUGGACCUGAUGGACAUCUCUGACCAGGAGGCCCUGGACGUCUUCCUGAAUUCCGGCGGCGAGGAUAACACAGCGCUGUCCCCUGUGCUCGGGCCUGACGCGAGUCCCGGGCUGCACGGCGUCCGUCUGCAGGUUCCAGAGCCUUCCCGGCCACCGGCCACGCCGGCCUCCCCGUCCUCAGCCGGUACCGACCCGGCCGCCCCGGACCCCAGCGAGGGCGGCGAGUCCCCCGUGGUCCAGUCUGACGAGGAGGGAGUCGAGGUGGACACCGCCCUCGCCACCCUCCACACCGACGACAGUGACUCGUAAGCCCGGCGCCCGCCCUCCGCCAGCUUCCCGGGAAGGCGCGGUUGUGCGGCGGCCGCCGCGCAGGCUCGGGCUGCCGGGGGGCUC